UGCGAUCAUCAAACAAGUGUCAACCCAAACUUUUUUCAGUUCCUCCCAGCUAUGUUCGCCAACGCGUUUCGCCGACAUGUGCAGACUGCGCUCGUAGCGUCUUUAAGACGGACCGCGGCGCCUUCACUGGCCGCUCGCGUCGCACGCCCCUCCACCCUCUGCCUGCGCUCCCUGUCGACGACUCUGGUCCGCCUCGAAGCCGGGGGCAUGCCCCGCAUGUCGAACCACGAACCGAGCCUGCAGCUCUUCAUUGGCAACAUCCCAUGGCAGCUCACGGACGCGGAACUGCACAGCAUGUUCUCCCAGCACGGCGAAGUCGCUUCCGCCCGCGUCAUCAUGAACGCGGACGGCUCGAGCCGCGGGUUCGGCUACGUUGUGUUCAAGACGCAGGAAGGUGCUACGAACGCAUUCAACCAGGACCACAUCGUCGGCGACCGCCAGCUCCGGGUAGACUACACAGCACUGCAGCAGAGUCGCGCGCCGCGGACGCCUUCGACCCCACGCAGCAGCACCAACUCGCCGUCGAACGUUCUCUGGGUUGGUAACAUCCCGUACGGCGCCGAGGAGCAGGACCUGAGGAGCAAGUUCGAGCCCUUCGGCUCGUUGCGGAGCGUGCGGAUAGCAAUGGGACCGAACGGCGAGGCACGGGGAUUCGCUCAUGUUGAGUUCAUGCGGGAGCAAGAUGCUGUGACCGCGCUGGAGGAUCUGAGGGAAGAGCCGAUGUUCAUGAUGGACCGUAACUUGCGGGUGGAUUUCGCUCCCCAACGGAAGCAAGCACCUGCCAUGCCGGUCAACCGCAUCUACUUCCACGACUUCCGGGGGUCGGAGGAGGACCUGCGGAAUGUUCUGCAGGAGUGGGGCAACAACGUGAUCAAAGUUACCUUCUUGCGCGACCACAACACGGGUUCCAGGUUAGGCAACGGGUUCAUCCAAUUCACGACGACCGAUGUCGCCACCAAAGUGAAAGAAUCGCUGGACGGCCAGACCUCCCAGUACGGCCCGUUGAACUUUGAAUUCGCAAAGUCGACGAGACCCAACGCCUCUCCGGUCGGGAAGGCGCAGGGCUACGCUGGUCAGCAAAACCGGCAAUUCGGGCUCGAGUACUAGGUCUCUUCUAUGCAUUUUAUCUUAGUGGUCACUCUUAAUAUCAAAAACACUGCAUGUAGUCGUCGAUAUGUUGUUCUACAUCUAGACAUCCCAUCCCA